GAGUGUCUUGACAAGAGAAAGCAGUGAGGACAGCUGACAUCGAAAAGGAAAGCAUAUCCACAGAAAAAAAAUAUAUAGCCAAAUAUUUAAAACCCCAUGCAGAUUCCCGAAUCAACAUAAAUCGAGCAAUCAUAACCUGCAAAGAAGCAUGGAGAGGAAAAGUGACCCUGGAAAGCGAUUCCUCAGCAAGCCCCAGCUAGCUCGUUACCUGGGCAACACCAUGGAGGUGCACGCUAUUGACCCCCGUGCAGGAAGGAUGCUAACGAACAAACUGCACAGGAACAGGCACAAGCAUCGCUAUGACAACAACAACCAUCAGAUCAAGGUUAAGCCGGACCUGAACACGACCCUACCAGUCCGACAGACCGCAUCCAUCUUUAAACAGCCGGUCACCAAGGUGACCAAUCACCCUAGCAACAAAGUGAAGACGGACCCCCACAAGGCUGUCGACCAACCAAGACAGCUGUUUUGGGAGAGGAAGCUGAGUGGUCUGAGUGCGUUUGACAUUGCAGAGGAGCUGGUCAAGACCAUGGACCUUCCCAAGGGCCUACAGGGUGUUGGGCCUGUGUGUUCAGACAAGACCCUGCUCUCUGCCAUUGCCAGCGCCCUGCACACCAGCCCCACACCCGUCACUGGUCAGCUGACCGCAGCCGUGGAGAAGAACCCUGGGGUGUGGCUCAACACCACUCAGCCACUCUGCAAGGCCUUCAUGGUUACCGAUGACGACAUCAGAAAGCAAGAGGACCUGGUCCACAGUGUGAGGAGGAGGCUGGAGGAAGCUCUGAUGGCGGACAUGUUGGCUCACAUAGAGGCCUCCACCAACGAGGCAGACACAGACGCUCUGAAGGAGGAGCAAGCCGAGCAGGAUGACAAGGAGGACGUAUAGCAGAGGGUUGGUGAUUGCGACAGAGAGCUGCCUGGAGCACAGUAUUCUACCCAUACACACACCAAUACACAUACAGGACAUUAACCAGGUUCUGACUAGCAUCUGUCAACAUGAAGGACCCUCUCUCGUCUACGUCUCUCUGAAUUGUUGUUGACCGUCUUCAAGACAAUCUAAAUAUAUUUUUGACCAAUUUAAAUGUAAUUUUGAAUAUUUUUUUUAAGCUCUUAGACGAGGCUUUGACGUUCAGAGUUCAAUUCACUCAUUUUUACCCUCACUAAUUGUAUGGAAUGUGGAGAAGUAUGUAUGGUGCUUUAGGCAAUAUAGUCUUGCCCUCUUGUGAAGACAAGUUUAAGGUUAAAACUGUGUGUGUGUGUGUGUGUGUGUGUGUGUGUGUGUGUGUGUGUGUGUGUGUGUGUGUGUGAGAGAGAGAGAGAAGUGUGUUUUUGGGAGGGGGAGAGAGUGUGAUUGUGGGGCACCACUCGGCCCAUUCCAAUUUUCCAUCUGGUACCACUCAGUAUCCUUUGCCCAAGUGGAGAAUUAGUGAGUGGUUAGAGGGGUGCAUAUUGGGCAAGGGACCACAUGCUGUAAGAUGACAUUUGGAGGCUCAAAAUGGACUUUGCAAAAGACUACCUGUUUCAGAAGUCAGUCAUAGAUAAGCAAGCAUGCAUCAUGAUCUAUUAUGGCUCUUGUUAUCUCUAACUAAUAAUUGGAUUCUGUGUUCUCCAAACUGUCUUCUGGACGGUCAUGAAGAGUGGUGCUCUGCACAGAGGUUGAACAGGCUCUCAUGUCUCAAACUCUCCCAUAAGUUCAAAAUGGUGCUAAUUUAGUCUGUUUUCAUCUUUCUAGAUGUAUUUGCUUUCAUGUUACAUUGAUGAUCUGUCAAUAGGUGCGACGGCUGACGUAGACGGCUACUCUGAAAUAGUUGCCUAUUUGGGAUUUUGUAUUUUUUGUUGUUGAAAUCGUUGCUGUGUGGCAAGUCACAAUUAUGCCAUAGUUAUUUAACAUUGGUUGUUUUUAGUAGGUUUUAAAUGCUGACGUUUUUCCCUAAACUUGUUCUUGAUUUGAGUUCUGAAUGGGAAGAUCAUUCACUGUCAGAAUGAUCCCUCCAUGUAAUGUUAUUGUUCAGAUUAUGCUUUAUAGUUUAAAAAAAAAUCUUCGUUUCUAUAGAGGGAUUUGUUACCAUUUUCUCUUGAAAUUUGAGGUCAAACAUCAAGCAAUUAAUUCUGGAUGAUUCUUUUUUUUUCAUAUAACUAAAAUAAAUGAUAACUCUUUUGUAA